AUGGAAAUUGAGGAUGAUGAGAAAUCAAGAGCGAAGUCUGUGGAUAGAGAGAGGUCCCAUCGGGCCGACGAACUAUUUGAAGACAGUGAUGGUUGGAUUCAGCGUCUGAAAGUGAGGGAUUUCAAGAAUGGAGGAUGGCAGGCUAUCGUCGUUGGCGUGCUCUACAGGCUUUCGGUCGACGAUCGCUAUUCUAAGGAUUGUGAGGAAAUUCUGAGACAUUUGACACCCGUGGGUGAGGAACCGGCACUUGAGAGCGUCCGACAGCGAUACCUAACGUUGGAUAUCAACUUGAGAGCUAUGGUUUUGCAUUUGCUCUCCAGGCUGACGCACGAGACCAGAUCGGUUAGGGAUUACAUGGAGGAAUGUUCUGAAGAGAUGACAAAGCAUAGGAAGGAUAAGAUCGAAGUCCAGAGAGCCAGGCGAGACUUGAUUUCUGAACUGAAAAUGCUUGAUGACGAGAGGAAGAUACUUCUUCCCGAGAACACACCCAGGUCACCUUCACCGGUUGCAGCAUCUCGGCAGACAUCUACUGACGCGGAUGGUGAUUCUAAGAUGACUGGAGCAGAUGAGGAAGACUUGGAUGGUGAUGAUGACGAAGAUGGCGAUGAUACCGACCGUGGUAGAUCCUUGAGGCGGGGAGGCGAGCGUGCGAACGAGCGCAAGCGAAAACGCGAAGCCGAAAAAGAGAAGGCGGACGCAGCAGCCAAGCUCCCCAAAACCUCGAAACAGUUCCAAAAAGUACUGAAAACGAUUGAAUCGGUAAAAGCAAAAAUUGCUAAGCAGGAGGAAAAAAUUGCAUCAUUUGACGAAGACCUCAGACAAGCCGAUUGUGCAAGGUUUAGGAUGAUGGGGAGGGAUAGGUUCUGGAACAGGUACUGGUGGUUUGAGAGAAAUGGGAUGCCGUUCGGUGGUUUGCCCCAGUCAUCAACUGCAUACGCCGGAUAUGCGAAUGCAAUGAUAUGGGUGCAGGGGCCUGACCCAAGCGAGAGAGAGGGUUUCCUAGUUGAGGAGGCAGGGACGAAGUGGGCAUCUGAGGAGGGGAGUGAUAUGAGGAUGAAAAUGAAUGGCUCCAAUGACGGGAGAAUGACUGUGCUUGAACGCCAAGCAUUGGAGGAAAGCUCAACCACACUCACAUCGCCAACCCAAUACGGAUAUAUCGAUACGGUCGAAGAGUUUGAGCAAAUGUUGUCCUGGCUCGAUAUCAAGGGUGUCAGAGAGAAAAAACUGAAGCAACAGUUCGAGGAGUAUAGGAAGCAUAUCGAAGAGGGUAUGGUUAAUCGUAAAAAGUACCUCGCAGGAGAAAGUGAAGGCGCCCCCUCAAUGGAAGCCGGCUCCACGCGAAUGAAUACUCGCGGCAAGACCCAUAUCGACCCUGAAAUUUGGAGGUGUCUUAACUGGACAAAUGAAACCAUGAUUGACGAACACGGCCAUACACAUUUCGAGCAACCUCAGCCAAGAAAAGCCAGCAAGAAGAAAGGAAGUGCUCAAGAAAAAGGAGUGCCUCUAAACAGGCAAGGAAAGCCGGUCAGUAGGCAGGGGGAUCGUUAUAGUUUCUGAGAGUUGAGCGCAUGGGGCAUUUCCUGCAUUAAUUGCGAUUCUUUUUGUUUAACAUUUGGCUCUUACAAGAAUUGUUGGGCUACUGAAUUCGAUGCGAGUUGUGGUGCUAAAUUUUUUCUUUUUUCUCCUGUCGGCGCAAGGGUUUUUUUUUUCUCCCUCUUUUUUCCCUCUUUUUUUUUUUUCCUUGCUAAGUUCUUUUUUAUAUCUCUUCUGUGGGUGUUUGCAUUGCGGUUUUAUUCCCCCUAGUGCUGGAAUUUAUUAUAUCUUAUACCUUUUGUUGUCCUUCCUUCAUUUUUCUCCUCUUUUCUUCCUGUUAUUUUCUUUCUCUCAUCAAUGUCGUCUUUUAAUUGUUGACGGUAAAUGAGACUGUAAGGUGAGCCAAAACCUAAGCGGUGAUUCCCACUCUUUUCUUUCUCUUUACUCUUUUUCUUGUUGACAUUUACAUUC